CCCGGUGGUGGUUAAAGGAAUCCGUCUGACACUCAUGAGCGGCCACAGCGUCACUCUGUGAAGGGAAACACUCGUGGGUCCGGCGGCUGUCAAGUGGGAGGAUCCAGGCUCUGUUUGACCGGGGGAAGAAGGACGUUUAUCGGCUUCGGAAACAGGACAUUAGCAUGAUGGCAGUGCUGGGCAGCGCCGGUCGCUUUAUCCAAUUCGUCAGGAGCAGCGUCAGCCUGAGUGUGAGGAGACGCUCCACCGCUGCUGCGUUAGCCCAGACUGCAACGCCAGAGACACAGGAGAACAGGAAACCAAAGACUGGAAUCCUGAUGUUGAACAUGGGAGGACCAGAGAAACUGGAAGACGUCCAUGACUUCCUGCUGCGACUCUUCAUGGACACGGACCUGAUGAAACUCCCCAUUCAAAAUAAACUCGGUCCGUUCAUCGCCAAGCGCCGCACGCCCAAGAUCCAGGAGCAGUACAGUAAGAUCGGAGGAGGCUCGCCCAUCAAACACUGGACGUCCAUGCAGGGAGAGGGCAUGGUGAAGCUGCUGGACGACAUGAGUCCCGACACAGCUCCUCACAAGUUCUACAUCGGUUUCCGCUACGUUCACCCGCUGACGGAGGAGGCCAUCGAGGAGAUGGAGAAGGACGGCGUGGAGAGGGCGGUGGCCUUCACUCAGUACCCGCAGUACAGCUGCUCCACCACAGGCAGCAGCCUGAACGCAAUCUACCGUCACUAUAGCAACAGAGACGACAGGCCCAAAAUGCGCUGGAGCGUCAUCGACCGUUGGCCCACUCACCCACUGCUGGUGGAGUGUUUUGCAGAAAACGUGAGUAACGAGCUGCAGAAGUUUCCUGAAGAGAAGAGGGACGACGUUGUCAUUCUGUUUUCAGCACACUCGCUCCCCCUGGCUGUCGUCAACAGAGGAGACCCGUAUCCUCAGGAAGUGGGAGCCACAGUUCAGAGAGUCAUGGAGCGACUGGGACACUGUAACCCUUACAGACUGGUGUGGCAGUCCAGGGUGGGGCCGAUGCCGUGGCUCGGCCCUCAGACUGACGAGGUGAUCAAAGGCCUGUGUGAACGAGGGAAGAAGAACAUCCUGCUGGUGCCCAUCGCCUUCACCUCUGACCACAUAGAGACGCUGCACGAGCUGGACAUCGAGUAUGGACAAGUGCUGGGGGAGGAGUGCGGUGUGGAGAACAUCAGGAGAGCCGAGUCGCUCAACGGGAAUCCUCUUUUCAUGAAGGCUCUGGCAGACCUGGUCCAGUCCCACCUGAAGUCCAACGAGCCAUGCUCCCGUCAGCUGACCCUGCGCUGCCCGCUCUGCACCAACCCCACCUGCGGGGAGACCAAGGCCUUCUUCGCCAAGCAGAAGCUCUCGUAGAAUCACACACACACACACACACACGUGCUGCUGUCGCCUCUUUGAACAGCAGGGGGCGACCUGAGAGGAAACGAUUAUGGCCUUUUUGACAAACUGAAGCUUCACUCACACAAACACACAGGGCAAGAGCGACAGUUUGGUCUUACGUUUUUGUUCAUUUCACUUGACGAAUGAAAAGCUACAGCAAAAAGCCUCA